GGACAACUUUGUUUACCCUGUGGAUUCUUCGACGCUAGCACGCCACUGAGGCCUAUAACAAAGCAUCGGAAUUUACCUCCCAAGAGCAAAACAAAGAGAAUGAGCUUUCUCACUUUCUGCUUCUUCUCUCUCUUUCUCUCAGUUUUCCCUCUGCUCACUUCUUCUUAUUUACUCUUUCAGGGGUUCAAUUGGGAGUCAUGUAACAAGGCAGGAGGAUGGUACAACUCGCUAAAAAACUCAGUUCCUGAUUUGGCUAAUGCCGGAAUUACUCAUGUCUGGCUUCCUCCAUCCUCUCAGUCCGCUGCACCACAAGGAUAUAUGCCAGGCAGGCUUUAUGAUCUGAGCGCAUCAAGAUAUGGAUCACAGGAUGAAUUGAAAUCACUAAUUGGGGAUUUCAACCAGAAGGGAAUUAAAUGCCUAGCUGACAUUGUCAUAAACCAUAGAACUGCUGAGAAGCAAGAUGAGAGAGGAAUAUGGUCUGUUUUUGAAGGUGGAACUUCUGAUGAUCGUCUUGACUGGGGGCCAUCCUUCAUUUGUGGCGAUGACACUGCCUAUUCUGAUGGCAAAGGAAAUCCUGAUUCAGGAGAUGACUUUGAGCCUGCCCCUGAUAUUGACCACCUCAAUCCAAGAGUUCAGAGAGAAUUAUCAGAUUGGAUGAAUUGGUUAAAGUCUGAAAUAGGAUUUGAUGGAUGGCGAUUCGACUUUGUAAAGGGUUAUGCUCCUAGUGUUACCAAAAUUUACAUGGAAAAUACUUCACCAGAUUUUGCAGUUGGUGAAAAAUGGGACUCUCUUGCUUAUGGUCAGGAUGGAAAGCUUGAUUAUAACCAGGAUGCGCACCGCGGCAGUAUAAAAGAUUGGAUUCAAGCAGCUGGUGGUGCUGUCACAGCAUUUGAUUUCACAUCUAAAGGGAUACUUCAAGCUGCUGUGCAAGGAGAGUUAUGGAGGUUGAAGGACUCAAAUGGAAAGCCACCAGGAUUGAUAGGCCUGUUGCCACAAAAUGCUGUGACUUUCAUUGACAAUCAUGACACCGGGUCUACUCAGCAGAUUUGGCCAUUUCCAUCAGAUAAAGUCAUGCAGGGAUAUGCCUACAUUCUUACCCAUCCAGGGACCCCGUCCAUCUUUUAUGAUCACUUCUUUGACUGGGGCCUAAAGGAAGAAAUUGGGAAAUUGGCAACAAUUAGGAAAAAUUACGGGAUUGGCUCUGCCAGCACUGUGAAUAUUUUAGCCUCUGAUGCUGAUCUUUAUGUGGCGGCAAUUAAUGAUAACAUAAUCAUGAAGAUUGGACCCAAAACCGAUCUCGGAAACCUUAUCCCCUCAAACUUCCAGGUUGCUACAUCUGGAACAGAUUACUGUGUGUGGGUAAAAUAAUCUCUGCAAAAUCAGAUGAAAGAAAACCUUCCGUACCAACGGCCAAAUCUCGCGCCAAAAAAUUCAAUUCCACUAAAUGAAAAACUAGAAGCCAAUCAGAUUCAUACCCACUUGCUAAAAUCUGGGUUUGACCAGUUUGUCUAUAUAAGCACUGCUCUUCUUGAUUUUUACAUGAAAUUGGGAUGUGUACAUUCUGCACGCAACCUGUUUGAUCAUAUGCCUGACAGAGAUAUUGUUUCUUGGAAUGCGUUGAUUUGUGGGUGCUCGCGAAAUGGGUACGAUGUUGAUGCUUUGGAGAUUUUUGUUCAAAUGCUUCGAGAGGGUUUUUCUCCUCUUCAAACUACUUUGGUUGGUUUGGUUCCGUCUUGUGGACGACGUGAGUUUGUGUUUCAAGGGAGGUCUAUUCAUGGGUUUGGUAUCAAGACUGGUAUUGAUCUGGAUUCUCAAGUGAAAAACGCACUUACGUAUAUGUAUGCUAAAUCCAGGGACUUGGAAGCGGCUGAGCUUUUGUUUGAAGAAUUAGAGGACAAAAGUGUUGUUUCUUGGAAUACCAUGAUUGGUGCUUAUGCCGGAAAUGGUUUCUUUAAUGAGUCAAUGCUUGUGUUUAAACGAAUGGUAGAGGAAAAAGUGGAGGUCAACCCAGUUACUAUUAUGAGCCUUUUACCAGCAAAUAUUAGUCCUGAACUGAUCCAUUGUUAUGCCAUCAAAACUGGACUUAUCAAUAAUGGCUCAGUAGUUACUUCACUAGUUUGUUUAUACGCAAAGUAUGGGAGUACUGAAUUAGCAGAACUGCUUUACUGGUCUUUUCCACAGAAAAACUUGGUUUCAUUAACUGCAAUUAUUUCGAGCUAUGCUGAAAAAGGAAACAUGGAUUUGGUGGUGGAGUGUUUUUCUAGAAUGCAGCAGUUGGACAUGAAACUGGAUUCAGUUGCUAUGGUUAGCAUCCUUCAUGGAAUCACAGACCCUUCUCAUACGAGUAUCGGAAUUGCUUUCCAUGGCUAUGCAUUAAAGAAUGGUUUGGAUACCCAUAAUUUGGUUUCUAACGGGCUAAUAAGUAUGUACUUCAAGUUCAAUGACAUAGAAGCUGCCAUCUCUUUGUUUUAUGAAAUGCCUGAAAAACCAUUAAUCAGUUGGAAUUCGGUUAUAUCUGGCUGUGUGCAGGCUGGAAGGGCGAGUGAUGCCAUGAGGUUUUUCUGUCAAAUGAAGAUGUUUGGACUUAGUCCUGAUACUGUUACUGUUGCUAGUUUACUGACUGGUUGUUCCCAACUCGGAUACUUACGGUUAGGGGAGAGACUUCACAACUACAUUCUUAGAAACAACCUAGAAGUGGAAGACUUUGUUGGGACGUCUCUUAUAGACAUGUAUACCAAGUGUGGAAGCAUUCUGCUCGCAGAAAGGGUAUUCAAAAGCAUCAGAGAACCGUGUGUAGCUACUUGGAACACUAUGAUUUCAGGCUAUAGUUGGUAUGGCCUGGAACAUAAUGCUCUAAAUUGUUACUCUAAAAUGCGAGAACAAGGGCUAGAGCCUGAUAGAAUAACUUUCUUGGGAGUUUUAGCUGCUUGUAUCCACGGUGGUCUUCUUCAAGAAGGGAAAAAGCACUUCCAGAUCAUGACAGAAGAAUUUGGUAUGGUACCAAAUUUGCAACACUGUGCUUGCAUGGUUGGUCUCCUAGGCCGUGCAGGUUUAUUUGAGGAAGCAUUAUUAUUCAUCAAGAACAUGGAAUCCGAGCCUGAUUCUGCAGUGUGGGGUGCUUUGCUUAAUGCUUGUUGCAUCCAUCAAGAGAUCAAACUUGGAGAAUGUUUGGCCAAGAAGUUAUAUUUAUUGGAUUACAAAAAUUGUGGGCUCUAUGUAUUGAUGUCAAAUCUUUAUGCAGCCACAAAUAGGUGGAAUGAUGCUGCAAAGAUGAGGGAAAUAAUGAAAGAUAUUGGUGGGGAUGGCACUUCAGGAGUCAGUCAAAUUGAAGUAACUUCAUCACGAGAAAUGGAUCCAGACUUGUACCAAGAAUUCCUUCAAUUCUAAUUUCUGUAAAAAUUCAGCUGGGUCUUUUUUUUUUAUGGGUGGGUGUUUAAGCGCAGGCUGUCUGCUGUGGGCUGAGUAGAAGACCCAUGACCCAUAAUUGGUCAGUACAGGAUCCAGAUCUAAAAAGACUUGAAUAUGUCCACGCAAAUCUGACAUGUGGCAUCUACGAAAUUCCAAUUUAUUUUAUGUUUUUUAA